AUGAAUUCUGAUAAUAUUCUUGAGGUAUUUCCUACCGCCGAAGAAUUAUCUUUAGUUAGAACUAAAAUUAAAUGUCCUCAAACAGGAUGUGAAUCGGUUUUUUUAUCAACGUCAAAUUUAAAUAUGCAUUUAAUAAAACGUCAUAAAAUCGCUAAUAAUGGUUUGACGAAAAAAAGUGAAAUGCAAUUUUUCUGCCCAGUAGAAUCUUGUUCUUAUUUUAAAAAAUCUAAAAAACAUUUUACUAAAUUAAAAUACUUGAAGCAACAUUUUUUAAAAGUCCACGCUUCUAAAGACUUAUCCUGUAAUAAGUGCGAAAAAAAAUUUUCGACAGAAGCAUUUAAAUCAUCUCACAUGAAACACUGUGGAAAAUUAUUUACUUGUACUUGCGGGUUAAAUUAUACUUCAAGUGAAGCUAUAUUAACUCAUUGCAAAAGAAAAGGUAAAGGACAUAUUUUUUUGGAAGAAAAAAAUAAAAAUGUUUCCGAUAACAAUAAUUAUGAUGUAAAUUUCACAACCGAAACCAAAACUAUGGGUAAAAAACCUGAAAGACUCAUCUACCCUAAACUUUCCAACGAAAUGUCUUUUCCCAUUCAUUACAUAGCUGCUGUAGCAUUAAGUGAAUUGUCAUUGCCAUGCAAUCUUUCUAAGGUUGUAGAUAAAGGCAUUCAAACGGACUUAUCAGAUUUAGCAUCAGUUAAAAAUCAUAAAAAUAAUACUAUUCUAUUUAAAACUGAAAAGAAAAGAAAAAAUUCUCAACACACUCAAACUAUUAGUAAAUUAAAGAAAUUAAAAAUAUCAACUCAAACUCAAACAAGCAUCGAUUAUUUAAAACCGAAAAACAAAAAUAAUGUUAAAACUAUAAUAAGAAAAAAGAAAAAAAGUAUGGAAACACAAACCAAAGAUUAUUUAAAAAGUCCAGAGAAAUUUACCACCAAACUUCAAUACAGUUUGGAAUCAAGUUGUGAUCAGUGGACAAAUACAAUACCAAUGGAUAGCAGUGUGAAAAAUGAAAUUUUAUUAGAAUCUAACAAUAAAUCUGAUAUUUUGGAAGAAAUAAAAGAAGUCAAUGAAAGUGCAAUACUAGUAAAAAACAAUGAAAAAAAAUGGAUCUGGGAUAAUCAUUUCUUUGUUCAUCAGGAUAAAGUUUUAAGUUCCGAAGAAUCGAAAGGAGAGGAUCCAAAAUCAGAGUUACUUAAUAUAGCUACUGAGUUAAAUAAUUUGUAUAACAAAGAAAUGAAUCUUGCCGAAUUUACUCCUUUGUCUGAAAAAAAUAAAAAUCAAUGUCUAUCCGAACAGGGGUCAGACAGUCAAAUGUUUGAUUUAAAUAAAUUGUGCAAUAUUGAAACGCAAACGGAAAUUGAUACGUUUCUCAUGGAAUGUGGUGGAGAUGAAGCAUUCACACUUUGUUCGACAACAGAAACUCAAACCACAGAUGAUUUCGAUUCUCUUUUAUAUUCUAACAUGUGUACUCAAACAUGCGAAGAAGUAGAUCUUUUAUUUAAUUUCAAUUUUGUAAAUAAUCAAACUCAAACAUCAUGGCCAGAAUUGAAUGAUUGUUCUGAAAUAAAUUAA